UAAAAUACAACAAUUUUAGAAAUAUUUGAACUUUGACUUACAUGAUGGUCAUCGUCAAGGAUAAUACGUCGUUCGAUAAUUACGGAGUUUUUAAAUUGGUUAUAUCAUAUUUAGACGGAAACGAGUUUCUUAUAGAGCUUCAAAGUCGCUAGAAGUCAUUUGUGUUUCGUGUUUACAAAUAUUCGGACUUGAUACACAAGUUUCUUGAGAGCGUUCACUUGCUUAAAUAUCAAACACAUGUUAAAAAAAAAUGUGCAUUUAGUGAAUUGUUAAUACAUAAUCUAAAAUCUAUAUAAAACUAGGAUGGCGGAAAAAGAAAGUGAAACUGAAUUAAGUGACAUAAAAGAAACUAAAAGCAAUGGUGAAGUGGCGAAUGAUCCUGUACCAGUGCCUAAAAUUAAGGAUAGGAUAAAAGCAUUUUUUAAAUUCUUCACAGUGGAGCCCUUUUUAUUCUCUUUCAUUUUACCUAACAUCAUAUCAGCUGUGGCUGUUCAAAAACUGAAUAUGGAAAAGGCGUGUCGUGCUGAUCUUAAUUACUCAGAACACAUUUGCUCGGAAGCUAUUUUGGGAAAUACUGAAGAUAACAUGACGAUAGAAGCUUUAGAUGGAGCUCAGGUUAUGGUGGCUGAUAUGACAGCUUGGACUCAGCCCCUGCAAAGUGGCAUACCGGCGAUUGCGAUUCUAUUCAUCGGAGCUUGGAGUGAUACAACUGGAAACAGAAAGUAUCUAAUGCUUGUUCCAGUUUUAGGAGAAUUAAUUUCCGCGAUAGGAUUGAUACUGGCAAAUUUUUUCUUUUUGGAAUGGCCAUUGUGGGUAACUGGGUUGAUAGAAGCUUUACCUUCAGCGCUGGCGGGAGGUAUUUCUAUCGCUUUAAUGGGUUCUUAUAGCUACAUAGCAGAUAUAACAACAUUGGAGUCACGGACAUUUCGAAUGGGGUGUGUAGCUGUGAUUGUAACAUUGGGAAUACCAUUGGGAUCUUCUAUAAGUGGAGUGCUAACAGAAUCAGUCGGUUACUACGGAAUUUUCGGAAUAUGUGCUGCUCUGUAUGCAUUUGGUUUUAUUUACACGUGCCUUAGAAUUCAUGACGUUAAGAAUGUACCCAUGGAGGGCACGCUAUUUGAAAAAUUAAUGAAAUUUUUUAACCCUAAAAAUGCCUGGGACACACUUUCACUUCUAUUUUUGGCACCUAAGAGAGAGUUGAUCCAAAUAUGGUUGGUUGUUUUGGCUCAUAUCGUUGUCAUGGGCCCAGUUUUUGGUGAAAGUGCUGUAUUGUUUUUAUAUACUCUGAAGAAAUUUAGCAUGGACAUAGUGGAUUUCAGCUUGUUUUCAACUUAUUCCGUGUUGAUGGGAUUAAUUGGAACGAUAAUCGCUGUAACUCUCUUCAGCAAGCGCUUACAGAUGCAUGAUGCACUUAUUGGUAUCAUAGCGACUACAUGCAAAGUGGUAUCGAGUUGUGUCUAUGGCCUGGCUCCCAAUAGAUCAUGGUUCUUUUCAGGUCCACUCUUUGACCUAUUUGGAAAUUCUGGUACUACAAUCAUUAGAUCCUUGGGUACUAAAGUUGUGACUCCUGAAAAAGUUGGCAAAAUGUGUUCACUGAUCGGAUUCGUUGAAGCAAUAAUACCCGUCAUUUACACACCGCUAUACAGCAAAGUUUAUUCUAACACUUUGGAGAGCCUGCCUGGAGCCUUCUACCUUCUCGGCGCAUUGAUGACAGUACCUGCAAUCUUAGUGUUCGCGAUUCUUUACACGAUAUACCGGAGAGAACAAAGGGAUGUGGUUAAGGAUCCUGAUGCCAAGGGAAUGUAUGCGCACGAUAACGCAGUCACCGUACUGUGAAAAUAGAAAUUAACAGUAUAUAUCUAUAUUAUAAUAUACCUAUAGGUUUAAACUUUAAAAUUAU